GCGCCCUGAGGGGAGCCGCGAGCCUGACGGGAGCCGCGAGCCCUGACGGGAGCCCCGAGCCGCGAGCCCCGACGGCCCCCGCGAGCCUGACGGGAGCCGAGCCCGGAGCCCCGAGCGCGCCGCGGAUGCUGCGCCCGGCUCUGCCGCCGCGCUGGGGCGUCGCUCGCCGUCGAAGCGCCGGGGCAGCUGAGGGAACGCGAGUGUGAUGGGCAGCGGCGAGGGGGAGAGGUGCCCAUGGCGUCGGAGCGGCGCAAGGUCAGCUACCACUGGAGCAGCACUUCGGCCGCGGGUCCCCGCAAGCGCAGCUGCCCCCGGGAGCCCGGUGAUGUGGCCGCCCCCGGCCCGGCUGCCCUGAGCCCCGCCAAGCGCCCGAGAGCCGCCCCCGAAGGCGAUGCGGCCAGCGCGCCCAGGUGGCCCCGGGGCUCCUCGCGCCGUCGCGACUCGUCCUCGUCCUCGUCGUCGUCCCCCCACUCCGCGGGCCGGGCCGCCCCCCACGGCUGCGUGAUUCGGAGCUCGCGGGGCUUCCUGUCGUCCGCGGGGUCCCCGCGCCCCUCUCUGGAAGAGAUGGCUUCUCUGGAGGAGGAGGAGGCGGCGUGCAGCCUGAAGGUUAAUUCCAGAGACAGUUAUCGCCAUGCUACAAGCUCUGAGUUCGCAGCAGAGGCCGAGGGUCAGAGCGCCACAGGCGAGGAGGUGGGCAAGAUGCAGAAGAGGCCGCGGGAGCGGCUGCGAGACCAGGGAUCCACGAUGAUCUACCUGAAGGCCAUCCAGGGCAUCCUGGGCACAUCCCUGCCCAGCCGGAAAGGCGAGACUGCCCCUCGGGCCCGGCCAGCCAGGGGUGGCCUCGGGUCUGCUCCCCGGGAGAGACAGGAGGAGAAGACGCAGGAGCCCGCCCGCGCGGGCCGCACUGAGGAGGAGCAGCCCAGGCCGGCACAGGCCCCCAGCGCCAGGGUGGUGACAGAGCCACCGGAGGAGGAGGAGGAAGAGCCCCGAGCGGGGCCGCACGGCGACCAGAGGACUCUGUCCCCUGUUCUUGAGAGCCUCUACCCCCCGCUGCAGUUCCAGGACGAGGCAGACUGCCUGGGAGAAAGCCAGAAGCCGGAGGCACGGGAGGUGCUGCUGGAGUCCAGCUCCUCCGGGAGUGACUGGUCUGACGUGGACGACGUGACCAGCAUCCGGUUCUCGCAGGAGGAGCCCGUCUCGCUGAGACCCUUGGCGGUCCCCGAGCCUUCGGCUUUCCCUACGGACUAUGUCAUGUACCCGGCCCACUUGUACAGCAGCCCGUGGUGCGGCUACGCCAGCUACUGGGCCAACAGCCCCAAGCCCUCGGCCUUCUCCGGAGGUGGUGGCCAUGCCCCAGCACAGGCACAGGCGGACAGGAGCAGCCGGGUCCUCCGCAGUGACGGUCCCCCCAGCUCCACUGUGAGCGCCCAGAACUCCUCCAGGGAGCAGAAGGUGGCUGAGGAAGGCCGGUCCCAGAGCUCGCGGGCCUCGCGAUUCUCCAGAAGCGCGGAAGAAGUGAAGGAGAAGAGAACGUUCCAGGAGGAGACACCACCGCCACGUCCGAGCUCCCUGCCCAGGAGCCAGCCGGGGGCCAGCCUGGAGGAGGGCUUUAUCGACACCCACUGUCACCUGGACAUGCUCUACGCCAAGCUGGCCUUCAAAGGCAGCUUCGCCAAGUUCCGGAAGAUCUACAGCAGCUCCUUCCCCCGCGAGUUCCAGGGCUGCAUCUCGGAUUUCUGUGACCCCCGCACGCUGAGUGACGGCCUGUGGGAAGAGCUGCUGAAAGAGGACCUGGUGUGGGGGGCCUUUGGCUGCCACCCCCACUUCGCACGCUACUACAGCGACAGUCAGGAAAGGAAUCUCUUACAUGCCUUGCGGCACCCCAAGGCCGUAGCCUUCGGGGAGAUGGGCCUGGACUACUCGUACAAGUGCACCACGCCGGUCCCCGAGCAGCACAAGGUGUUUGAGAGGCAGCUGCAGUUGGCUGUGGCACUGAAGAAGCCCUUGGUAAUCCACUGCCGGGAAGCUGACGAGGACCUGCUGAGCAUCAUGAAGAGACUGGUGCCCCCAGACUACAAAAUCCACAGGCACUGCUUCACGGGCAGCUACCCGGUGAUCGAGCCGCUGCUGCAGCACUUCCCCAACCUGUCGGUGGGCUUCACGGCCGUGCUGACCUACAGCUCCGCCUGGGCCGCCCGCGACGCGCUGCGCCAGAUCCCACUGGAGAGGAUCAUCGUGGAGACGGACGCGCCCUACUUCCUGCCGCGCCAGGUGCCCAAGAGCCUGUGCCAGUACGCCCACCCGGGCCUGGCCCUGCACACUGUCCGCGAGAUCGCCCGCGUCAAGGAGCUGCCGCUCUCACACACGCUGGCCACGCUGCGGGAGAACACUGGCCGCCUGUACAGCCUCUGAGCGCCGCUGCUGCCAAGCCUUCCAGGACCACCCGUGGCCACUGCCAGUCUGUGCCCUGCAGAAGGGGGAGCCCAGUGGGCAGAUCCCUGGGGACCUUCUGCAGCUCCGUGGGCUGGGAGGGGGCAGGGGAACGUCCCCCGGGCCCCAGAACUGUGCAUGGGGCAGGGGGUGGGCCCUGUGGCUAUGCCUCGUUCUCUGCGGCCUGGACUUGGUGCCUCUGGCUCACCUGAGCUCUUGGGCUGCAGCUCGGGUCCCAGCCCAGCAUCCCGGGAAUGGACUUCUGGGGGCCACCUGCCGAGCCCCAUCUCAGGCCCGUCUUCCUGCACCCACGGAGCCGCGCUCGCAUCCUGUCUCAAGCCACCCGUCCACACGCAGAAGGACUCCAACGCUGUUCUUCGACUUCUGCCACUGUUGCUACGGAGGGGACAGAGGGACACCUGCUGUCCUGGCCCCCAAAGGUGUUAAUGCUUCCUGGUGCCCAGGGCCAGGAAGCUGACAGGCCUCUGGUUCACCGCAGCGGCUUCUGCUGGCCGCCCCUCGUGCGGUGCUGGACCUGGACUGGACCUCUGCUGCCAGCGUGUUUUCAUGGACAGCCCCUGUGCCCUGUGCCUGGGGAGUGCUGGGCUGAGGCCUCCAUCAGGGGAGCUGGGGCUCUUGGGCCAGCAGCUUGGAUGGUAAAGCGACAGGGAGCAGCCUUGAUCUCUGACCUCGGAAUGGCUGUGUGCUCUCUGGUUCCACUGGGCUCUGGUGUGGAAGGUGCGGGCCGGGGGACGGGAUGGACAUUGGCACUGCAUGGUGGCCAGGAGGAGCUGAGGCGCACAGCUGGCCCCGGCCGGGCAGACACUAGCUGAUGACAGGCCCCCCCCCCCCCCCCCGACAGCCCUUGGUGCUACGUGCUCUUCCCUCCAGGCAUGGGUGAGUGCUUCUGGGCUCAGACACCGUGAGCAGGGCGGGGCCAUGGGAUGCAAGUGCUGGACGGUCUCUGGCCGCUCAGCUGGUGGCCAGCGCACUGCUGGAAGGCCUGUGUCCCCUCCCCCGGCGUCUCUUUCUGGAAAUAAAGCAAUGGAUCCUCAA